GCUGAAAACGCAUGGAAAUGUCCAACCUUGAUCGCAAAGACCGCGCCCCUUCCGUGAGCGAGGGGUCGUCUCGUGGGAACGUCGUCGACCACGACGCACCGAACGUGACUGGAGAUGGCGUCUCGCCGAGGCGAUUCAAUCCGGGCAAGGCGACCAACCAUACGGUCAUAACUGUCCAGCCGCUCAAGCGGAGUGAAAUGCAGCCGUCGUAUGCGCAGGAUCUGGGGACGGCAGAAGUGCAACAUGGCAUCUACGGCACUAUGCUGCAGACGCUGGGUGCAUGCGUAGGUCUGUGCGGCGCGGUUCCCUGCUUCCCAUGCCCGAACCCAUACCGCAAUGUCCAGCAAGGUUCCGUGGGACUGGUCUCUCGGUUCGGACAGUUCUACAAGUCCGUCGAUCCCGGUCUCGUCAAUGUCAAUGUAUGCACCGAGUCAUUGCGGGUUGUGGACGUCAAGAUCCAGAUAAGCCCCAUCGGUCGACAAAAGGUCAUCACGCGAGACAACGUCGACGUCGAAAUCGACUCUGUCAUCUACUUCCAGAUCAACAACCCCUACCGUGCCGCCUUUGGCAUCACCGACCUGCGUCAAGCGCUCAUCGAGCGUGCGCAGACCACGCUGCGACACGUCGUCGGCGCGCGCGCGGUCCAGUCAGUCGUCACCGAGCGCGAAGCCAUUGCAUUCGAGAUCGCCGAAAUCGUCGGCGACGUCGCGGACAAGUGGGGCGUCACCAUUGAGGGCAUUCUCAUCAAGGACAUCAUCUUCUCCCCCGAGGUCGCCGCCUCGCUCUCCUCCGCCGCCCAGCAGAAGCGCAUCGGCGAGAGCAAGGUCAUCGCCGCCCGCGCCGAGGUCGACGCCGCGCGCCUCAUGCGCCAGGCAGCUGACAUCCUCGCCAGCCCGGCCGCGAUGCAGAUCCGCCAGCUCGAGGCGCUGCAGACCAUGGCGAAGACGGCGUCGAGUAAGGUUGUCUUCGUGCCGAUGCAGCUCCAGAACGACGUUAUCUCGCAAGUUGCGGGACCAUCCGGGGAGGGAUCGUCGACGGGCAGGAUGAUUAGUUCUGAGGCAGGAGAAGCGUCAUGAUUUCCUCCGCACUCGCCUUUUUCCUCGCGCGAUCUAUGGCCAUAGGCCGUGUAGUUAUAUAUCAGGCCGAGUACUCAUGCAUCCAUGGGCCGACAAGUUCGUCCUGGAUCAUACCCGCUACGAUAUUAUGAUAAUCAAUGGACAAUCCUUGUUUAACGCAACGCCUCUCGAAAGAUACUGUAAUACAGAU